AUGAACAGACAGAGAAGAAAUUCAGAAGCAGAGCAUCGAGCUUUGUAUAAGCGUACAAGUAUAUCAAGAAAACCUGAGGAACUGAUGAAAAGAAGAAUGGCGAUUGACGAAGCUUUAAGGAAAAAACACAGAGAGCAGCUGAUUACAGCAAAACGUUUUCGUAACCUAACCAGGCGUGAAGAGUAUGAAAGCGCUGGUGAAGAUGAACCAGAGUUGGAGAAAACAAGUGAGCAUGACGACGAAAUAAGUCCCUAUUACCGAUUGACACCAGGACAAGUACAGGCACUUGCUAAUGAUUUAAGAAGCAGUGAUGCAUCUACUAGGAUAGAAGCAGCUCAGUAUAUUGGAAGAUUCGUAUUGGAGCCUGCAGAGGCUUUGAUCAAAUAUAUAACUGAAGGGGAUUGUAUCUUGGCAUUGACUCAAAUGAUAUCAGGCCCAAACCUUGAAGAACAAAUAGAAGCAACGCAAACCAUCUCAAAUAUUGCUGCUGGGCCCUACGAACUUUGGAAAAAAUCGACAUUGGCAGUGCCUUACCUUAUCUCUCUUUUGGAUUCUGAUAAUAUGAACCUUCGUGAAAUUGCCGCAGGUGCAUUGGGUAAUAUGGCAGCAGAGGAUCUAGGCGACAUGAAUGAUGAGGACGACAAAAUAAGAGCCAUGAUUCGUAAUAAUGGCGCCAUCAAGCCUUUGACCCGCAUGCUCGAUACGAACGAUGUCCGUCUGAUUCAAUCUGCCUGUUUUGCCUUGGCUAAUCUUGCUCGUGGAGAGGAAAAAGAGCUCGAAGAAUUCUUGAAUGUGGGACUGAUCGACAAACUAGAAAAGCACUUGAGUGAUGAUAAUGAUACAAUCACAGAGAUAUGCUGGACUAUAAGCUAUCUAACUGCUGGUAGUGAAAAGUGUCGUCAACAAGUCAUGAGCAAGGGGCUUGCUGCACCAUUGGUUAACGUGCUUGUCUCAUUGUCUGAGCAAGGCUCGCUUGUGCUUCCUGUACUGCGCACAUUGGGUAAUCUGUGUGGGUCAGACGAUAAUCUGAAAGUCUUGGCUGAUCAACCUGGAUUGCUAUCAACCGUAAUCAAGCUUGUGAAUUCUGAAGAAAGGAUUGUAAAGAAGGAGGCUCUUUGGGUACUGUCCAAUAUCACGUCUACAGAUAAUCGAUACAUAAUUGAGCAAGUAGAGGAAUUACAUGCGAUUGACAGUCUAUCAGAACUCCUGACACGCGGUGCUUUUGAUAUUCGCAAAGGAGCUGCUUACUGUAUCAUGAACAUAGCUAAUCACGGACCAGAACAUUUGGAUCAACUUUGCCAUAAGCGACUACUACCUUCUUUUCUCGACCUCUUAAGAUCUCAAGAAGCAGAAAUGAUUAGACUCGCCUUGGGCUAUAUCGAACUACUAUUAACACAGUCUGCAAAAGGUAAGGAAGCAAUAGAUGCUGUUCCUGAAUGUAUGGAGGCACUAGCAGCUGUUACGCCUGCACCCGAUCAAGAGCUAUUUGUAUUUGCAAAUAGACUCGUUGAUCAGUAUUUUGGUGAAUCACCUGAUAUGCAAGAUUAA